UAUCACUCACGUGUUGCACGUGUGUUUUGUUUAUGUUUUAAUUUCGCAUUCAAAAACGUGCAGAUUGGUCUAAAAUGGAGAGUGUAAUUAAGGAAACGCCUGCUGAAGUGUCACCAAGUGAUGCACAACCCAUUGAGACACCAGUGGAGCCAUCAGUUGCUGAAAAAGCAACAACCGACGAUGUGGCAGCGUCCGCUGACGUGCCGGAGGAAAAAGCCGGCGAGGAAUACGCCUAUUUGGAGCGAAAUGAGUUCACGUCGGAAAUAUACAAAAUAGAAGUGAAGAAUAUGGGCUACUUUGGCAUUGGUGAGUUUAAAAAGCUGCUGAAGAACACCUUGAAGCUGGACAUGACGAAAAUUAAGUCACCCACGAGGAAAGAGUUUGCAUUUGUGUGCUUUCGCACGCAGGAGGAUCAGCAGCGAGCAUUGGAAACACUGAAUGGCUACAAGUGGAAGGGAAGGGUCUUAAAAGCGCUGGCAGCCAAGGCAUCCGCCGAUCCGCUGCAGAAGAAGCGAGCUGCUGAAGGUGCCAGCGAUACCAAGCCCAAACGUCAACGCACAGCUGUGGAGGCCACCUGCCCGCUGGCGGGCAUCAGCUACGAUGAGCAGCUGAAGCAGAAAUCGGAGGAAAUGUCCACGCUGCUGCGGAAAUACACCCAGGAACUGACGAAGAUUAAUCCACAGGCCAAGCCGCAUUUGGAUAACUUCAAAUUCAACAACGUGCUGCCCUCGCCCACGGUGAAUGGCUACAGGAACAAGAACGAGUUUACGGUGGGCAAAAACUCAGAGGGCGAAGUGGUGGUGGGAUUCCGCUUGGGCUGCUACAGCGAUGGCUCUGUGGAGGUGGCGGAGGUGCAGGAUCUGCCACACCUACCCGACCAGGCCAAAUGGGCGGCGAAGAGUUUCCAAGAGCUUGUGAGGCAAUCAAAAUUUCUGCCCUUCAACCCCGAUGGCAAUGUGGGCCACUUUCGGCAGCUGAUGGUGCGCUGUUCGAGUGCCACGGGAGAGCUGAUGCUGGUGGCGGGCAUCUACUCCUCCAAUCUGAGUGAAGACGAACAGCGGGAGCUGAAGCAGGAGCUGAAGAGCUUCUAUGAGCAAGUGGAGCCGGAUGCAACCUUCAAGUGCACUUCCCUCUACUAUCAAGAUGUCAAGCAUCGUGAGGCUGGUCAGAUGGUUAACCCCGUGGACCACUUACUGGGCACCACACACAUCACAGAUACCAUUCAGAGUCUGCAGUUUCGCAUCAGUCCGUUGGCCUUCUUUCAAAUCAACACCGAAGGUGCCAAUGUGCUGUACCAGCAGGCCAUUGAUCUGGCGGCUCCCACCAAGGACACAACCAUGCUGGACAUUUGCUGUGGCACGGGAACCAUUGCCCUGGCCUUUGCCAAACACUGCAAGAGGGUUUUGGGAGUGGAAAUCGUACCCGAUGCCAUCAAGGAUGCGGAGUUUAAUGCCGAAGCAAAUGGAAUUGAAAACUGCAAGUUCUUUACGGGAAAUGCGGAUGACUUUAUCAAAAGCAUGGUGCGGGAGGCCAUGUAUGACGAGCAACCAGGCAAGCCAGUGGAUUUGAUAGCCGUGGUGGAUCCACCAAGAGCGGGAUUGCAUAAUCGUUCGAUUGCUGCCAUACGUUCGGCGAGUGCCAUCAAUCGUCUGGUGUAUGUCUCCUGCAAUCCAAACAGCGCCAAGCGCAACUUUAUCGAGCUGGCCAGACCCGAGUCCAAGCACUAUAAGGGUGAACCCUUCUAUCCGAAAUCAGCAGUGGCCGUCGACAUGUUCCCCCACACAGCGCACACGGAGCUGGUCAUUCUGUUUGAGCGUGAGCCCAAGACAAAGACGGAUGAAAAUGCACCGCCAGCAGAGGCUGUGGAGGAGGCAGCCGCCGAAUCAUUGAAGACUGAGACCGCAACUGAAGUAAACAUUGGAGACGAGGAGACACUAUCAACGGCGUGACGUGGGGUACAGUUGGCUCAAAUGUCACUCUCGCGAUUCGCGCCAGCCAAAACGAUGCCUCAUUCUCGCUUAUCUGCAACGGGAUGUUGUCAUCCAUCCAUCCAUCAUUGUCUCUUUGUGCUGCUCGCUGCUCUGGGCAGCGGCGCAGUGGCUGUGGCGGUGGCGGUGGCUGCUGCUUCUACUUUUAUUGUUUUAAAUUGAUUUAAUUGUAUUUACGCUGUUCGGACGUCUGGUACAACGAGGGGAAAACGGCAAAAUCGACACAAGCGACUUCCUCUAUUUAGUACUAGUUACUCUCUAAGUUGGAGCAACGUCAUUAUCAUCAAAAUCGCCAGUACUGGUGUGAACGCUCGUGUGAUAAGAAUUGCAAAACGCUGCAAAGGUGCUGCUGCUGCAAUCUUUUGGGCAUUGCAAAAGCAAACACACAUACAAUAUAUUUACACCUAAUAUCUGCUAUAAAUCGUUAAAUACCUCAAUGUGCAAAAAGUGCAAAAAAUCAAUGAAUUAAUUAA